AAGAAUCAUAAACUUACGUACCAAAAUGGAGAAUUUGCUUUGUGAUGAGGUAUGGCUAUCGAGUCCUAGAACUCCUGACCUUAGCCAUGAACGUGAACAUUGCAUUUUGAAGGGCUGUGAUGAUUCAUUUUACACGACAAGGAAAGACUCUGAGCGGGCUCUUGUAAUAUGCCUGGAGAAAGAGUUCAGUUACAUGCCAGAACCUGGAUAUCUAGAUUAUCUCCAAUCUAAUAAUUUGGUGUUUGCUAGGUGUAGAGCGGCUCAGUGGCUUAUCAAGACUUGUACUUGGUUAAAUCUAUCUACUGGAACCGUUUUCAAUGCUGCAAAUUACCUAGAUCGUUUCCUAUCCAUGAGUCAGUGCCAUGGAUGGAAACAUUGGAUGGUUGAGUUACUAUCCAUAGCAUGUCUAUCCAUUGCUACCAAAUUCAAUGAGACCUCCCUUCUUUCCUUGGAUGAACUACAGCGUUAUUGUUUUGGUCAAAUAUGGACGACUUGGAGCACUGUUUUCAAUCAAGCACAAUCCAGCAGAUGGAACUAAUGCUGUUACAAGCUUUAAAAUGGCGCCUCGGUUCUACAACAACCUAUUCCUAUAUAGAGCUGAUUACAUCAAAUAUUGUCUUUCUCAAAUGUAACCUUCAGGAGUUAAUCAACCAAGUUAAU